AUGAAAAGCGAAAAUGAAAAGCUUGUAAAAAUUACUAAAUGCCCAGAUAGUGAGAAAAGUGUUAUAAGUCGCGCUUUAAGGCUUUUCAAGAGCGAAUUUAAAAAGAAAUGGACAGCUGCUAGUUACAAAGAGGAACGUUUCUUAAAACACAAUGAACAAUGGAUCACAGUAUCAAUUCAACUGCCUUACUGGUCUGUACAACCUACAGAGAAACCAGGCCGACCAACUAAAACAUUCGAAGAGUUAAGUGACCGCAGCAAGCGUCGAAAAACAAAAGAACUACGAGAACAGAUACCUGUAGAGGAGUUGACAUAUGCAGCAGGAGUGAGUCAGCGCACUUCAGGAAAUACCGAUGCGUCAAAAAUAAUAAAAGAGAUUGCCAGCAUAUCAACUAGAGCUACGGAAAUUCGUAAAAGUAUUACUUCCGCUCAAAAACAAGCACUUGUUAAAAAAUAUACACCUCAAGAAGCACUCUCAAUAUUUGUAGAAGGCAACUUUACCAGAAGACAAUGGGAAGUAAUACAUAUUUCUAAUAAGAGCCUCUACCCCUGUUACUCACUUAUGAAAAAAGCUAAAAGCGAAUGUUACCCUGAUAAGGAAUCGAUGCAAGUGACUGAAACCUGCUAUGAAAUCCAACUUCAAGCACGAGGGUCGCAACAGACAGAAUAUAAACAAAGAUUUACAAACAGCACUGACAGCGAUGCAAAUAUUUUCCAAAGCACACUCGUUCCCUUAAGAUUGGUUGUUAGUGUUGAUGGAGAAACGAAGAAAAUUAUAUGGCAAAAUCCAGUUCCUUCCUCAGCUAGAUUCUGCAGACCAAUACGCAUUCGUUUUAUUAAUGAAUCAAAAGAUGUUAUUCAAGAUGAAAUAGCUUACGUUAGAGAAACAGAGGUGUCCACUUCUAAUGGACCAGGCAAAAUAAAGCAUAGAAUUAUGCUAACAAUGGUUGACGGGAAAGUCUGCAAUGCCGCGACUGAUACUGCUUCCACUAUGAGAUGCUAUAUUUGCGGACACUUUUCAAAGGAUUUUAAUAAAUUAAUUAAAUCAAAAGAAGUCAAUGUGGAAGCACUGAAGUUUGGACUCUCGAUUCUUCAUGCUAGAAUCCGCUUCUUCGAGUCACUACUACAUUUAGCCUAUAAAUUACCAUUAAAAAAGUGGCAAGCGCGAUCUGACGAAGAAAAAAAAGUUGUUAAAGAAAAAAAAGAGGAAAUUCAAAGAGCCUUUAAAAAAGAACUGGGGCUCCUGGUAGAUGUUCCUAAAGCGGGAGUUGGAAACACUAACGAUGGCAAUACUUCAAGAAAAUUCUUUGACGAGCCGGAAUGCUCUUCUCGAAUCACUGGCAUCAAUUUAGAUUUAAUAAGAAGAUUUAAGGUAAUCCUAGAAGUAAUUUCAAGUGGCUACAGCAUUGAUGCUGAAAAAUACGAUGCCUACGCACUCGAAACUGCAAAGAUGUACAAAGAUCUAUAUGGUUGGCAUCCUAUGUCACCAACUGUACACAAAGUUUUAAUGCAUGGCGCCCUAAUCAUAUCUAAUGCAAUUUUACCUAUUGGCAAUUUAUCAGAGGAGGCAGCUGAAGUCCGCAAUAAACACUUCCGACAAUACAGGUUAAAUUUUGCUCGAAAAUUUUCACAGGUCAAAUGUAACAGAGAUAUAUUAAAUAGACUGUUACUAAGUUCAGACCCGUAUUUAAGCAGUUGCAGACCAAGGCAGCAUAAGAAGAAAGAGGCAGUCAAUCUGAUGAUCGCAGGCAAACCCAAUUUACCUCAAACUGAAAACGAAAGCUACGAAAAUACAGAGGAAGAAAAAACUGACGAAGAGGAAGAUGAAGCUGACGAAGAGGAAGAUGAAGCUGACGAAGAUGAAGCUGUCGAAGAUGAAGCUGACGGAGAGGAAGAUGAACAGUUUGUCUGA